AUGACGAAGCUAAUCAUAUCGGCGUCUGUGUUCCAAUCACAAGUUGCUGAUUUACUACCUUGUAAUGGCUAUAAGAAAUCCCAGCUUACAUAUGCAUUGCUUGAUGCUUAUAAUUUACUUAAUUAUUUUGAUGUGGUAAUCAAAACUCCAUAUUGUUCUAAAGAAGAUCUCUUACGGUUCCAUUCUGCCACAUAUGUGGAUCAACUAAUGAACGAUACCCUUAAUGUCAUACAAGAAGGCGAUAAAAUAGAAGACGAUUGGAAUCAAUUAGGUGAAAUCAGUGAUCAGUGGAACGACUCUAAUGAUAAUAUUCCAAAAGAAAGAAGGUUUUAUUCAAGGGAAGCGUUGUAUGAAUAUUUUAAGGCAUAUAAAUUGAAUCCAAAGGAAAUUGCGAAUACAUAUAAUAAUGUUCGUUCGAUAAAAAGAAUGAAAUUAGAUAAUGUUACAUUAAGUAAUGAUGAAUUAUUAAAAAAGUAUAAUUUAACAGGAGAUUGUCCUUUAUUUUCAUAUUUACCAAUGUAUUUACAAGUCAACACGGGUGCAACUCUUGUAUUAGAGAAAUAUAUCAACCUACCCCCACCAGGUGAAAAUGAUUUUGAAAGAAUCAUUGGUAUAAAUUUGGAUGGUGGAAGACACCAUGCUUCUAAGCAAAGUGCACGUGGAUUUUGUUACACUAAUGAUAUUGUCUUAUUGAUACAACGAUUACGCAAAAAGGGAUUUCAAAGAAUCAGUUAUAUCGAUUUUGAUCUUCAUCACGGUGAUGGAGUAGAGAACGCAUUCAAAUAUUCUAAUUUUAUACAGACUAUAUCCUUACAUUUAUAUGAAGCCGGUUUUUUCCCUGGUACAGGUAGUCUAAAGAAUAAUAAACCUCCAAAUUUAGUUAACAUUCCUAUGUUUCAUGGGUUAAACGAUAAGUAUUUGCAAACUAUAUUGAACAAGAUUAUUAUACCUUUAAUUGAUCAGCAUAAUCCACAAAUUAUUGUAAUACAAAGUGGAGGGGAUGGUUUAUCUGGGGAUAAAUAUGACGAAUGGCAACUAAGCAUACAUGGACUCACUAAAUGUAUCAUGGAACUCGUAGAUCGAUUCACUACAUGCCACUGUAUUGUCCUUGGAGGAGGAGGAUACAAUGAAUUAAUCAUGAGCAGGUUCAAUACAUAUCUUACAUGGAACAUUGUACGAAAAUAUUCAUCCCAGAUACAAAACGGUUUAAUCAAGGAAUAUAUUGAGGACGACUUCGACUAUUUGAUACCUGAUCAUGAGUUUAUCGAGUUGUAUGCAGAUGAUAACUAUAAAUACUGGUCGUACGAGCAACCUGGUAACGAUAAAUUUAAGACUCUUAGGAAUAAUAAUACUCCGGAUUAUCUCGAAAAAUGCAUCAGGAACAUAUUCCCCAAUGAGACACACUUAAAGAGAUCCGUUAACCGAUCAGCCCCAUAA